AUGGGAAACAAGGUAACUAAGAAGAAGAAGAACACCUACGAUGUGACUGAUCCCAAAGAAGCCAAAAAUGACAUUGCAGCAGAAGCAGUGGCUCAGGUAGCGGCAAAAGUUGAGGAGACUCUGCCACCUCUGGUGGAGGAAGUGACUGCUAAAGCUGUUACUGCUGUGGAGGAGGUUGUUGGUUCAGCAGUGACUGCAGUGACCGAAGCUCUGGGCAUCACAGAGGAACCUAAACCCACUGAACCAGAGCCAGCCACACCAGAGCAACCACCUGCAAAAGAGGAGCCUACUCCAACACCUGAACCCGAAUCUGUUCCAGCAAAAGAACCAGUGGUAGAACCAGAACCAACCCCUGAACCAGAGCCUGUGAAAGAACCAGAACCGGAGCCUGUGAAAGAACCAGAACCAGAGCCUGUAAAAGAACCAGAGCCGGUAAAAGAACCAGAGCCAGAACCGGUGAAAGAACCAGAGCCGGUAUCAGAACCAGAACCGGUAUCAGAACCAGAGCCGGUAAAAGAACCUGAGCCGGAGUCAGAACCAGAGCCGGUACCAGAACCAGAGCCGGUAAAAGAACCAGAGCCGGAGUCAGAACCAGAGCCGGUACCAGAACCAGAGCCGGUAAAAGAACCAGAGCCGGAACCAGAACAAGAACCAGAGCCGGUAAAAGAACCAGAGCUGGAGCCAGAACCAGAGCCGGUACCAGAACCAGAACCGGUUAAAGAACCAGAACCAGAGCCGGUACCAGAACCAGAGCCGGUAAAAGAACCAGAGCCGGUAAAAGAACCAGAACCAGAGCCGGUAAAAGAACCAGAGCCGGAGCCAGAACCAGAGCCGGUGCCAGAAGCAGAGCCGGUAAAAGAACCAGAGCCGGAACCAGAACCAGAGCCGGUGAAAGAACCAGAACCAGAGCUGGUGCCAGAACCAGAGCCGGUAAAUGAACCGGAACCAGAGCCAAUACCGGAACCAGAGGCGGCACCAGAACCAGAGCCGGAGCCAGAACCAGAGCUGGUGAAAGAAGCUGAACCAGAGCCGGUACCAGAACCAGAGCCGGUAAAAGAACCAGAACCAGAGCCGGUACCAGAAGCAGAGCUGGUGAAUGAACCAGAACCAGAGCCAGUGACAGAACCAGAACCAGAGCCUGUGAAAGAACCAGAACCAGAGCCGGUACCAGAACCAGAGCCGGUGAAAGAAUCAGAACCAGAGCCAGUGAAAGAAUCAGAACCAGAGACUGUGAAAGAACCAGAGCCGGUGAAAGAACCAGAAACAGAGCAGAUACUAGAACCACAGCAGGUAGCGGCACCAACCCCAGAACCAGAACCGGUGAAAGAAUCAGAACCAGUGGAAGAACCAGUACCAGUGGUGGUAGCAACCCCUGAACCAAAGACGGUGGAAGAACCAGAACCAGAGUCUGUGAAAAACCUGGAACCAGAGCCUGUGGAAGAACCAGAGCCUGUGGAAGAACCAGAGCCUGUGGAAGAACCAGAGCCUGUGGAAGAACCAGAGACGGUAGCAGAACCAGAGCCAGUGGCAACUCCUGCUCCCGAACUAGAAGAGUCAUCAACAGCAGCCCCAGAAACUCUAACUCCUGUAGAAGACACAAAAGAGGAGGAUGGAGUAGAGGUCCCUGAGGAACCUGUAUCAGUUGUGGAGGAGCCAGCUGAGCCAGAGGAAUCUGUGGCACAAGAAGAUGAGAAAGAGCCAGUGACAGCUGCAGAUGGAGAGUCUCAAGAAGAACUUGUUACACAGGAAUCUUCUGGGACUGAGACCGCUACAGAACCAGAAGAGGCUGAAGCUGUUCCAGAGAUUGUGAUUUCAGAAACUGUCUCUGGAUGUGAAAUUCCUGCUGAGGCUGAGGAGCCCCCAGAAUCCUCAGCAGAAAUUGAAAAUGGGGAAUUAGAAGGCCCUGUUGUUGCGGCAAUCACAGAGGUGAAUGGAGAGUGUGCAGAGUCUACCGACACCACUAUUGAACAGACAGAGGAAUGUGUUAACAGCAGUGAAAUCCCAGAGGAUGUACCUGUCACUAAGGCGGACUUGGAACUUAAAAAGGACAUAAGUUUGAGUGGGGAAGUCGCAGAGGUUCAUGAUGCAGUGUCUAACAUUGUGGAGGGUCUCAGCAGCACUGAAAUCACCCAGGCAGUCUGAAACCAUGCAAUUAACUAGUCAUAAUGUGAAAUCAGUUUAAUCCUUCAGUGGUGCAAGAGAGCCAUUAAGGUAUCACAAAUACAGCUGAAGUAUAGUGGUAACCCAGGCCAUGUUCUUUUUAAUACCAAAUCAAAUGUACCCAUUUGAGGACAGUCAGAUGGGGAAGGGUAAAUCGGAGAGGUCAGGAAAGAAAGUGAUCCAAUCAGCAAAGUGAAAGUGUUGGACAGUAAUGAAUUUCAUGUCUUUGAGUGCACGCCAGCAGGAUAAUCUGCCUUUUUGAGAAGAGCAUUCAUUAAAAGUUUGUUAUUCUGUUUUAGAAGUUCAUACUGUAUAUUCUUACUAUAAACUAUAUGCAGAGACAUGAAAUAAUGUGUUGGGCUUUUAUAAAAAUGUGCCUGAGAGGAUUGUUAAGUUUAAAUUGAUUGUUCGAAUAGAGAAUAAAAAGAGAUAUAUCUUACAGUGA